AUGAAACUCCUCUCCUGCAUCCAUCUGGGUUGGACCCUUGGACUCCUGGGUUUACCUGCUCAAGCAUCGCCUGUCCAAAAUACGACCGCGAUCGCUUCUGGAAAUGUCCGUGAACGGACCAGUCUGAACAAGGACUGGAAGUUCUGGCACUCCAAGGAGAUUCCAGAUAAUGUCGUUUACGAUCUGCGGCCCGACGCAAAUGAUUCGAGCCUCGUUGUGCUGAAGCCUUGGGUCCUUCCGUCUGGUAACGACUACAUCGCGGACGCGAGUGCACAGUAUGAACGUCCUUUGACAGAGCCGGAUAUUGAUCUUCCGUACGUGGAAAAUGAGUUUGACGACACUGACUGGGAGCAAGUUCACCUACCCCAUGACUGGGCCAUCAAGGGACCAUUUUAUACCGAUGAGGACCCCGAGAUUGGUUCAGCCAUGGGCAGACUACCAGUGCAAGGUGUAGGGUGGUAUCGGCGCAAGCUGGACGUCUCCAGAAAAGACAAAGACGACCUGGUCUUGUUGGAGAUUGACGGUGCCAUGUCCUAUCCGAUUGUCUGGGUGAACGGCCACUUGGUCGGUGGAUGGCCCUACGGAUACAACUCGUUCCAGCUCGAUAUCACGCCGUACCUCAAACCGGGCAAAGGGAAUCAGCUCGCGAUUCGGGUUGAGAAUCCGGCUGGCGAUUCGUCACGAUGGUACCCUGGUGCUGGGAUCUAUCGCAAUGUCUGGUUGACCAAAGUCAACCCUAUCCACGUCGCUCAUUAUGGAACGAAGGUGACGACUAAGGAUAUUUCCACGCGGAAGGCUACAGUCGAUCUUGAGGUACAAAUUGAAAACAAAGCAGACAAAACGCAAAAAGUUGAGGUUGUCACGGAGGUCUUUGUGCAUGGCUCCAAACAUGGCCGAAAGGUCGCGCAGUUCCCCCGACAAGACAUCUCUCUGCAACCAGAAAGCAAAGGGUCAGUAUCUGUUUCUACAACCAUCAGAGACCCUCGCUUAUGGGGCCCUCCACCGACUCAGUCACCCGAUCUCUACGUCGCCGUCACCUCGUUGUACGAUGCCCGAGGCCGUCUGCUCGAUAUCUACAAAACCAAGUUUGGAAUCCGGUCGGUAGAGUACACUCCCGAUAACGGGCUGCUCGUUAACGGUGAACGAGUACCCAUCCAAGGAGUCAACCAGCACCACGACCUCGGUGCCCUGGGAGCAGCAUGGAACAAGCGUGCAGCCCGACGCCAACUCGAGAUUUUACAAGAGCUAGGUGUCAACGCAAUCAGGACAGCACAUAACCCCCCAACACCUGAGCUCCUAGAAUUGACAGAUGAGAUGGGCUUCCUCGUUCUGGACGAGAUCUUCGACUCCUGGGCGCAGCAAAAGACCGAGUCCGACUUCCACCUUAUUUUCAACGACUGGAGCGAGCCGGAUCUACGCUCAUGGCUCCGACGAGAUCGGAACCACCCUUCCGUUAUCAUCUGGAGUUACGGGAAUGAAAUCGCAGAGCAGAACCGAGAUGCAGUCGCAGCAGAAAUCGCCACGUACCUACAAGGCAUCGUGAAGGAGGAAGACACCACUCGUCCAACUACAGCAUCGAUGAACAGCGCAUGGCCCAAUUCAUCGUUUGCAGGCGUAGUCGACCUCAUCAGCCUCAACUACCAAGGGGAAGGACUACGAUACGGCCCCGCCUACGCCCACCUAACCGGCAACCGAAGAGACCCCCAGUACGACGCAUUCCACGCCGCGCAUCCCGAGAAACUCAUCCUCGGCAGCGAAGUCGCUUGGUCCCUCAGCAGCCGUGGCUCAUUCUCCUUCCCAGUGACAAGCUACCAAAGCGCCCCGGUAAACGACACCUCAGGCGGGAACUCGACGACCCUCGAGAUCUCCGCCUACGAGCUCUACUCCGCCGACGCAGGCUCAGCGCCCGAUCGCGUGUUCUCAACGCAAGACCAGCACCCCUUCGUCGCGGGCGGUUUUGUCUGGGCCGGAUGGGACUAUAUCGGCGAGCCGUAUCCGUACUACGACGGCGCAAGGAGCGCCUACUCGGGCAUUAUCGAUCUUGCGGGAUUCAAGAAAGAACGCUUCUACCAGUACCAGGCGCGUUGGCGCCCGGAUUUCCCAAUGGCACAUAUCGUCCCUCACUGGACGUGGCCGGAUCGAGUUGGAGAGGUUACACCCGUUCAUGUCUUUACCUCUGGGGAUGAGGCGGAGUUGUUCCUUAAUGGUGUAUCGCAGGGGAGACGCAAGAAGGAGCCCCUUACGUAUCGGAUUCGAUGGGAUGAUGUCGUCUAUGAGCCCGGUGAGGUGUAUGUCGUUGCGUACAAGGAUGGUACCGAGUGGGCAACGCAUACCGUUCGCACGGCAGGCGCACCAGCCGCUCUUCGUCUUAGUGCUGACCGCGAGGCGAUAGCUGCAGACGGCGAGGACCUCUUGUUUGUCACUGUUGAGGUCGUCGAUGCAGAGGGUAUUGUCGUCCCGCAGGCAGAUAACUUGAUUCAUUUUGAGGUGUCGGGGCCAGCUGAGAUUGUGGCUACGGACAAUGGUUUCCAGGCGGAUUUUACGGCUUUCCCGUCGCAUGAUAGGAAGGCUUUCAAUGGGCUGGCCCUGGCCAUCGUUAAGGGGGUUGAUGGUAGGAAGGGGGAUAUUGUUGUUACGGCGUCGAGUCAGGGCGUUGAAAAAGGAGAGGUGGUUAUGAAAACCGUCUAG